GUACAUCAGGGCUCGCGGUGGCAUCCUACACAGAGGAAGGACAGAGGAGAGACCUUAUUACCUGAGGCAAACACACAUCGGUGGACUCUGUGGGGCUUUUGUUUUCGCAGUUUCCUGUCACUUUUGGACGUCCUCACCUGAGCUCAGCAGGUAUCAUUUGGCACUUUUUUUGGGGGGGGGGAGGUGAAAAGACAGGUGUUUCCAUCCACAGCAGUGGAAGAAGACUCAAUUUCCGUUUUUUUUUUGUUUUUUUUAAUGGCAAGAAGUCUCGGUUAUGUGUGCCUAGCAUGGCUGUGGCUCCUGCACCGACCACCCAGGGACCGGUAUGGCUUUUAGCCGCAUCAGUAAACUGGACCCCCCGUCCCGAGGCAUCUUCAGGAGAGCGGCGGUCAUGCUGUGCUCCCUCCUCACCUCCCUUCUCCUCCUGCACUGCCUCACGGAGCGCUGCGGCACCUCCUCGCCGGUGAAAGCGUCCUCCAGCCGGGUUGAGGGACAUCAUAAUGAGGACUUAGGAGGGUCGAUAAGGAGUAAAAGACUGCUUUAUGAAUGGACAGCCGGGUCUGAGCUGACAGGCUACGGGGCUUCCAGGCGCUCCUCGCGGGUUCUCGCGGAUGAGCAGACGCCGGAGCAGCCCGAAGAGUCUUUCAUGUUGCCGCCUCCGGAUUUGGUUGCCUCCAGGAAAGUGUCGCCCAGGUUCGCAGGUAAACUCAGUCCGCUCGGGGAGGGGAGCAAGAAGCUGCCACAGGCUCUCAUCAUCGGGGUGAAGAAAGGAGGGACCCGGGCCCUGCUGGAGUUUCUCCGGGUCCAUCCGGACAUCAGAGCUGUGGGAGCGGAGCCGCACUUCUUCGACCGAAACUAUGACAACGGACUGGAGUGGUACAGGGAUCUAAUGCCCAAGACUCUGGAGGGGCAGAUCACCAUGGAGAAAACCCCCAGCUACUUUGUGACCAGGGAGGCUCCAGCCAGGAUCUCCGCCAUGUCCCGGGACACUAAGCUGAUCGUGGUGGUGAGGGACCCGGUCACCAGGGCUAUCUCAGACUACACACAGACUCUGUCCAAGAAGCCUGACAUUCCCUCUUUUGAGAGCCUUACCUUCAAAAACAGGACUACAGGGCUCAUCGACACCUCGUGGAGCGCCGUCCAGAUCGGCAUCUACGCCAAGCACCUGGACAACUGGCUGCAGUACUUCCCCAUGGACCAGAUCCUGUUCGUGAGCGGCGAGCGUCUGAUCAGCGACCCGGCCGGAGAGCUGGGCCGCGUGCAGGACUUCCUGGGGCUCAAGAGGAUCAUCACGGACAAACACUUUUACUUCAACCAGACCAAGGGUUUCCCGUGUCUCAAGAAGGCCGAGGGCAGCAGCAAGCCUCACUGCCUGGGCAAAACCAAAGGGCGGACCCACCCGAACAUUGAUCCUGAGGUGGUCCAGAGGCUACGGGACUUCUACAGGCCCUUCAACAUGAAGUUCUACCAGAUGACAGGACGCUUCUUUGGUUGGGAUGACUGAAUGUGUUUUUGUUUGACACUGAGGAAUGGGAAAAUAUCUGCAAUGGAGUAUUAGGAGUACUGUAGGGGUGAAAAUGUUUGAUUUUGAGAAUUAAGUUUUUCAUUCAAGUACUCUUGAUUUUGGCUGGUAAAAGUUAGAAUUUGAAAAGACUUAAGUUUGCAAUGAAAGGUAGUUCUAUUUAUUUAGAGUCCAGUAAUACCACGACAUGCACUUCUAAUCUGAUAUCAUUUUAACAUCGCGGUUAUGUUCCUAAAAUCAAAAGUUUCUUGCCCGGGUUUCUUGUGUAGAAAUCUGAACUUAUCAUAAAAUAUGUUCUCACAUAAAUCUAUUCUAAAAGCUAAUAUAUUCAUUUUGGUUUAAGGAGGCGAUUGUUUUUGUUCCUUUUAUUUUAAUCUAGAAAUAAUAUAAGAAUCAAAUUGUUUGUCUUGAAAUAUUUUAACUACAUGUGGGGUCUUAUUCUGAAAAUAUUAAGCCAUUUUAGCCGUAAUUUUUAAUUUCACUAAAUAUUACAACUUAUUUUCCCUCAAAUUGUCAAGACUUAAUUCUCAGAGUCUUAUAUUUUUACCCAUUCAUUGUUCCCAUUACUUCCUCAGCAGUCCCCCUAGAAGCAAUAUGUGUCCGUAACCGGAGAGAAAGAGGCUCGCCCAGAUAUGCAAUAUUUCACUGUUUUCAUCGUCUUUGCUGCCUCUAAUCCACAAUCAUGGAGGAUGUUUUUCUUCUACAAUCACGUUGACUUGUUGAAGUCAUUGGUUUAUAUUUUCCUGCACUAUCUGAAGAAACUGUUCACUUUCAGGUCCAGAAACAUUUUAUGUAGUGCUUCUUUAAGAGGAUGGAAUCAUCCAGGGACUGAAUGCCAUAUUUCAAACAUAGCUGCUUUCAAAUUCUAACUUUUUUUUUUCGUUUUUGCAAAAAUCAGUAUAAAAGAUAAAAAUAUAUGUAUUUUCAAAAUGUAUUUAUUCAAGAAGUACACAAGCAGUAUGUAUGUAUUAUGUUUUUAUUAUUCUCCCCAUGCCUUCAGAGUUUUGUUCUUUUGAUAUUUAACACUAAAAACGUCCUCAUUUUAAUUUCAGGUCUUCGAUUUAAACCUUACCGACUUUCUCUACGUGUGUGAGGUGGGGAACACCGUGUGUUUGUUAUUUCAUGGUCGUUCCCCCACGUUCAGAUAAUGAAGUUACAGGCAAAGAUAGCACUCACUGUUAUUGGAGGAACAGCGACUCUGGUGGACGGGAAACAACUCAAACAGGCUUUCCCAAAACUGUGACUCAAAUUUCCUCGACAUGCCUCGCUGUGAAUUGAAUACACUUGAUGUCACUGGCCUUCCUUGCCUCGAGGCAGUGUGUGUGUGUGUGUGUGUGUGUGUGUGUGUGUGUGUGUGUGUCUGUUUUUAAACCUGGAGAGCAUGAGAACAACGGCUGGGUUGUGUUCCUAAUUUGUGUCUACUCAUGUCCACUGUCUGAAAGCAGAUGUGCCUCAAAAGACACAAAACCUACAGUUGUGUUCUGGUGUAAGAAUCAGACAAGACUCUAAUAUACUGUAGAUUUUCUUUUUGGUUGGGGAUAAUGUUACAGAUCUAAUUGUGCUCUUCUGACUGUUUUCCUAAAGUUGGGGAUUUUUAAGGCACUCCUUCAAUAAAAGAUGUUAUAUGUAAAUAUUUUA